CCCGGCGCGGGAGGCGGGCGGGAUCCCGGCAGGGCGGGGGCAGCGGCCGCCCGUGCCCGGCGUGUGCCAGGAGCCCGCCGGUGCCGCAGGAGGAGCAGGAAGCGCCCGGGCAAAUCCAGCCUCGCUAUCACAUGACUCAGCAGCCGCCGCUACCGCCGCCGCCGGGCUGAGUUCCACCGCCGCCGCGCCGGGAGGGGGGAAACCUGCCGCCGCUGCCGCUGCGAUGAGCCCGCGGCCCCGCGGCUGCCCCUGAGCCCGCCGUCCCCCCCCGCCCGGCUCCCCGCGGCCCGGCGCCCCCAUUGCGGAAGCGCGGCGGGGGCUGCCGGAGCCGCCGCCGCCGCAGCAGCGCUGCCCGCCGGCGCGCCCCGCUCCCCGCCCUGCGCGGCGGCUCCGGUGCUGCCGCCGCCGCCGGCGGGGUUACUAUGCUCACACGGGUGAAGUCCGCCGUGGCCAAUUUCAUGGGCGGCAUUAUGGCUGGCAGCGCGGGCGCCGACCACGGCAGCGGCGCGGAUUUGCCCCUCCGCUUCCCCUACGGGAGACCCGAGUUCCUGGGACUGUCCCCGGACGAGGUGGAGUGCUCCGCCGACCACAUCGCCCGUCCCAUCCUCAUCCUCAGCAAGGAGACCCGCCGCCUGCCCUGGACCACGGGUUACGCAGAGGUAAUAAAUGCAGGGAAGAGCACACACAAUGAAGAUCAAGCCAGUUGUGAAGUCCUCUUUGUCAAGAAGAAAGCUGGAGGCGCUAAUUCCACACCAAACAAGAACUCUUCAACAAAACGGAGGUCAUCAUUGCCCAAUGGAGAGGGUCUCCAGCUGAAAGACAAUUCAGACUCAGAUGGGAUCAACCUGUACUACUGGUCCUUGUUUGAUGGACACGCUGGGUCGGGGGCAGCUGUGGUCGCUUCCAAACUGCUGCAGCACCAUAUCCUGGAGCAGCUGCAGGAGAUCGUGGACAUCCUGAGGAACACAGCCGUCCUCCCGCCGACCUGCCUGGGAGAAGAGCCUGACAACCCGGCCACCAACAGCCGGACACUGACACGGGCGGCCUCCCUACGUGGUGGUGUGGGGGCCCCAGGCUCACCCAGCACCCCUCCAACACGCUUCUUCACCGAGAAGAAGAUCCCACAUGAGUGCCUGGUUAUUGGGGCCAUAGAAAGUGCAUUCAAGGAAAUGGAUUUGCAAAUAGAACGAGAGAGGACUGUGUAUAAUAUUUCUGGCGGCUGCACAGCCCUUGUGGUGGUGUAUUUAUUGGGGAAGCUUUACGUGGCAAACGCUGGUGACAGCAGGGCUAUAAUAAUCCGAAAUGGCGAAGUCAUUCCAAUGUCUUCAGAAUUCACUCCAGAGACCGAACGCCAGCGACUCCAGUAUCUGGCUUACAUGCAGCCCCACUUGCUGGGAAAUGAGUUCACACAUUUAGAGUUUCCACGGAGGGUGCAGCGCAAGGAAGUUGGAAAGAGGAUGCUCUACCGUGACUUCAACAUGACUGGCUGGGCGUACAAAACCAUUGAGGAAGAUGACUUGAAGUUUCCCCUUAUAUAUGGAGAAGGCAAGAAGGCUCGAGUUAUGGCAACAAUUGGAGUGACCCGAGGACUGGGAGACCAUGACCUGAAAGUACACGACUCCAAUAUAUACAUCAAACCUUUUCUGUCCUCAUCUCCUGAGGUGAGAGUCUAUGACCUUCUGCAGUAUGAGCAUGGGCCAGAUGAUGUUCUGAUCCUAGCUACUGACGGACUCUGGGAUGUGCUUUUGAAUGAAGAAGUGGCAGAAGCUGUCACUAACUUUCUACCAAACUGUGACCCCGAUGAUCCCCACAGGUACACGCUGGCGGCACAGGACCUCGUGAUGCGAGCCAGGGGAGUGCUGAAGGACCGGGGCUGGCGAAUAUCCAAUGACAGGCUGGGCUCUGGAGACGACAUCUCUGUCUACGUCAUCCCUUUAAUACACGGGAACAAACAGUCGUGAAAGUAGCACCAAGAGUGGUUAUAGAACAGGGAUCUUUUCGGGAAGGGCCUGUAAGAGACUGUUUUUCGUGAUCUGACCGGGACACUUCCAAUUGAUGUAAUCUAUUCAAAACUAACCCUGGAGGGGUAUUUUUCUGCCCGAAAGGUAGGGCUCUGCACAUAUACUGUAUAUGAUUAAAGAUAACCCUUAAGAUUACAGUUUCCCUAUAGAAAUGGUUUUGGUGCUUAACAGGAAUGGGAUUUAAAUGCUGCUAGCCUAUUAUGGAUUCUGUUGUCCCUCCAAGUGGGGAAUUAAUGUUUUUUUCUCAGUUUACCAUGUGGCUUCGAAGAGCCAUUUCAGUUGUGAAAGUAGAAGUGGGUAUCAGAAGCCAAGGAGGCUCCUGAAAUCUACCCCCAUAUAUUCAGAAGGUGACUUGGGUCACAUCUCAUUUAAAAAUACCUAUAUAUACAUAUAUGAGACUCAAGAGUUCUCUUCUUUCAGAAAGUUGCAUUCGUGACUUACCUAUGGGCAACUUCAAACUUGUAUAAUCCUUCUAACCCCAAUUUCCUCUCCUGUCUCUUCUUCAGUAGACUAUACUCCUGUAUUUUAGUAAGAGAACUGAAAUUAUUUUCAGCGUGAGUAUGCCUGUUUACUGCAGUUAAAACAGCCACCUGCAAAAUUGUCCAGGAGAAAUAGGUCACAGUUCUGUAUGGCAAGAUUUAUUUUGGUGUAAGGAGUUAUUUCUCAAGAUUCCCUGUUGUGCAUAUACCAGGGUUAUGCAGAGCACGCCACCGCAGCUUUGUGAUGUUUACCUGGAGGCCAUAGUUUCUUUGGGAUUAGAGAUUUUCAUUCAUUGAAUGGUUCUGCCUGCUUUAUCCUGUUGAAAGGAUCCCUGACCGUACAGCUUUUGCAUCAGUUGGGAUUCGCUAAAUUUAUUUGGGUUCCUGAGUGUAUUUUUUUGUUGGAUUCCUACUUGAAGUGAUGGUAUUGUUCUUGUUAUCAAUUUGGAUACCCAGAUAGUGAUUAUUUAAAAGUCGCUUCACUUCUUCCUGCCUCUUUUAUUAUACAGUAUACUUUUGCCUGCUUGACUUGGUCAUCAGAAAGCGGCAGCUUGUAACUGUUUCCUCUUGGUGUUGAGGACUGUAGUCAAGGAUCAAAAGAUCACUGUGGUAGAAUCAAGCCCUUGGCUAGCUUCAGCAGCUUUUUUUUCUUAGCAGUGGCAAAUCACUUCAGAUAAAGGAAAUCUGAGUAAAACAUUAUCAGACUAAAAGUAAUAGUCCAAGAGGGAAACAACUGAGCAAAUCUGCAGCUUGAUCUGGCUGCCUAUUCUUCAAGCAAGCAGAUCUCCUACUUCAUUGGCAGGAAUUGAAGAAAAAAAUUCAGAAGGUUCUAGUGUAUAGGCAGAUAUAUGGGCUGGGGAGCCACACUCAAGGUAACUUACCCUCUGACCGCAUUCCUUUGGAGCUGCUUAUCUGGCUCGUACUUCUUGGAUAGCCAAAAGAUAGGGGGCUGACAGAAUUGUAGGGCACUGACUAGGCAGCUCACAAAUGUUGUGUCCUUUCUAGAGGAGGAGGAGGAUGCUGUGCCCUUUGCAGACUUUCUCCUGAACAGGCGUGUCCUAGAGCUUGCCAGUUUUGUAAUUUAUAAUGUGCUAUGUAAACACCGCGCAGCACAUGUGCGGCAUAGCUGCCCAGAUGUUUUAUUUGAUUGCAUCCGGAAGUACAUGUGCAAUGGUCUCAGUGGAUUUAAACUACCCUUGCUCUAAAUCUCUAGACCCAGGAGGAGUUUCAGGUUGCGAGGAGGCAAUGCAGAGUGUGUAACGGCUCAAACAUGCAGCAAACUGCAUGAUUUUAGCCUGAAAACUUCUGUGCAUUCCCCAUUGCCUGCAUGUGAUAAAGCUGCGGAGAACACGGACGUUUUGUAUUCUAGAGCUUCAGCAUAAAUCCGUGGCAUAUCUGAUUAUGUGUUGUCAUGCUUUAUCUAUUUUUUCCUUUUUUUUUUUUUUCCCCUUUACCUCUUCUUCUGUGUGCGGCUGGGUGAAAAGAAAGGUUUGGAGUCUAGAAUAUUUAUCACAUGGCCCCUUAUAUGUUUUAAAGUUUAAGCAAGAGAUCUUCUCUUGCAGGGUUGGGUUUUUGGGGGUUUUUUUUUGGCCUAAUAAACUUGUAAACAUGC